CGUGAACCAGCAGAACGCGUGCUGGCGGCGCAAUCCGGGCGGGGCGGACAAGAGGACGGGAGCCUGAAGAGGGGGAAUGACAGGAAUGACUGCCACGAAGGGAGGGGAAAGCAUCCUUUGGUUGGCCAAUGGGAGAGCGCAAUUACCACGUCGAUGCGAGAUGAGGAUUGGGUGCAGAAGUGGCCCCAAAAUUGGUCCCGCACCGACCCGUGCAGUGAGACGAAACACGGAACUUCCCCUGGGCCCUCAUCAUUCAUUCCUGUCCAUCAUUUGGGCAUCUGCCAUCUUCCUGGUAUCAACCCAUCACCGGGUCCAGACCAAGAUGACCGCGAUGAUCACGAUCUGAUGUCGACACUGAAAAGAAUCGGACGAAACAACGAAGAGACGGCACCGGAUUAUGCCUUACUGCCCGGAAUCGAAGCCUCUUUCGAUCUCGAUUCCUUUGUUCCGACGAUCCGUCCUAGGUGCUUCUUCCGUGUGCUGACAGACAAAGCCUGUACCGCUAGUUCAGGCACUUCCCGCGAUCAGAUCCUGGGUUGUCACAUUGACACCGUCCUGUUCUUUCGGUUAAAGGAAUCUUGAAGCAUUGGAGAGUGGUAGCAA